UUAAAUAACUUUUUAAAUAAACACCUGGGCAGAAAUAUAUACAAUUUAAAGUAUUGGAUGAUUGCAUUCUACACCUUAUGCUGUAACACGCUUGUAAGGAGCUUCAAUUAUCUUCAAAAACAACUUUUAUUGUCAGCUGUCUUGCCAUGGCACACAUUGUAACACUACUUUCCCUAUAGAAACCAAAGUUUGCUUAGUGGCACUGGACACACAAAUAAAAAUUUCCAAGAACAUUCUGUAUUUUUUUCAAUCUAGUUCUUUGUAUCAAAGAAUACUUAAUGUUUGCGAGCUAAGUAAUAUCAUAUAGUUACCAAGUGAUACUUUAGUUAGCGCGGCUAAUCUAAAGCUAAAUUUAAAAAGUGUUAGUGUAAUAUGCAAUAUAUUAUCUGAAUUUAUUACAUUGUUGAGGAUACUGUGCUAGUAUGUAACUUUAUACUUUCACGGUAGAUAAAGGAGUUUUACCUAUAUUAUAAAGAUUUAAUUAUAAGAAUGUUUAAAAAAGGAUAUUGUAUCUGCCAUUUGGCAGGAUUUUAUCGGAUGAAACAUCAUAAUACAUUACAUUUUAAACCAGAUGGGCCAUGGAAAACUUAUUUAAAUAAUGCCUGGUAGCAAAAGUAACAUAAUAUAGCAAUUUUCUAUAAAAUGAGUUUUUUCUGGUUAUACAUUUUGUUAGUAAAUUAUGUUGAUGAAAAUUUAAUGAUUCUUUUAAUUUUGUUUGAAAACAACACAUUGCAUAUGCCCAAGAUAAAAUAUGGAGCUGAUGAAAUAUGAUCAAAGUGAAUUCCCAACCGAGUUUAACAAAGAGAACUUUCAAGUGGUUGGAACAGGAGGUUUUGGUGAAGUUCGAGUUUGUUACCACGCAUUACUGGGCAGGGUGGCUCUGAAGUUGUUUCGUAUCACUGGAAGCAAUGAAAGAAUACAAAAGGCUAGAAGGGAGUUUGAAAGUGAAGCAAAAAUUCUCCAACAAAUGAAGCAUCCCCACAUUGUCACCUUCCAUGGUGUGACAUCACUUUUUGGAAGGGAGGGUCUUGUGAUGGAAUUCAUGGAAGGUGGCAACUUGGACGACCUCAUUAUGUCGGAUACAGUUCUUUCUUGGACUGAGCGUCUUCGACUCUUGCAUGAAUUGUCAGCAGCCAUCAGUUACUUGCACAACCACGAUUAUAAAAAAGCUUUUAUCCAUAGUGACAUAAAACCACAAAACAUACUUCUCACAAAAUCCAGGAGUCUGAAACUUGCCGACUUUGGUUCAGUGAACAUCAGAAAACGAACCGGUGCCAGCACAACAACAUUAGACAUUCCUUGUUCAAAACAACACACUUUGCACUUCACUGCUCCUGAAUUCUUGAAAGAUCUUGAUGUAGAGAGAACACCAGCAAUGGAUGUCUACAGUUAUGGUAUCAUUGUGUACGAAGUGCUGACAAGAAUACAAGCUUUCUCGGACUCUACAGUUGGGAAAGAAAUUAUUCGGGAAGUCAUUUGCAAUGGUACGAGGCCCAACCAAAGCAAACUGGAUGAGGUGGAUAUGCAAUUGAAACAGCAUCAAAAACAAGAUCAUGAAAUUUUCCUCAAGUUACAAUCUCUUAUGAAGGAAUGCUGGCAGCAAGAACCAACCAAACGACCCAAAGCUACAAAAAUUUUGGAAACCAUCACCCAACAAAUGGAUGAGUUACCUGCCACGGAAGGUUUAGAUAUGGAAGACCUCACCCUUGAGUUACCUGCCAUGGAUGGUUCAGAAGCUGCAUGCUUGAUCAUGGGUGGUAGUGGAACAAACAAACUUGUUGAAACCUAUGAAGUUGAUGAUAAAAGUUUUAAACAAAGGAAGUCAACCUUGUGUAAAAGGGAUGGUUCAACCAGUGUGAAGAUAAACAACCAUGUUUAUACGGCGGGUGGUGGUAGAUCCAAGUCUGUCGAAUGUUUGAAUUUAAACCAAGUUGAUGGUGAUUGGAAUAUUGUGGCAUCUAUGAAUAAACAACGAUGGUAUGCAGCAUCUGCUGUGUUAAACGAUCAAAUGUGUGUAACAGGAGGAUGGGGUGGUAUUAAUGCAUUAUCAUCAGUUGAAUUAUACAAUCCAGUGGUGAAUACAUGGACAAACAUUGCUCCAAUGAAAACUGAACGAUUUCAACAUGCUCUUGUUUCUUACAAUGGUCGCUUGUUUGCAUUCGGUGGUGGAGAUACUGUUGGUUCCAUUUAUGCAAUAUCGGGUGGUCUUAUUGGUGGAAUAAUUCGUGGUGUUGGUGGUCUUUUGAGGUAUUCAACAAACUUUACUUCAAUGGAAAGUUAUGAUCCACGAGAAGGGAAAUGGAAACCACUACAAUCUAUGAAUGAGGAAAGAUAUGGAUCGUGUGGUGUUGUUUACAAUGAUGAAAUUUACGCCAUUGGUGGAGGGAAUCUAAGGAGUGUGGAGCGUUACAACUUUCGAACCAACAGUUGGUCCCGUAUUAGCAGAUUGAACCGUGUGCGAUGGGGUUCUUGUGCGUGUGUUGUGAAUGGGAAGAUAUACGUCAUUGGAGGAAGGCAUUCUUGUGUUAGUAUUGGUGAUGAUGAUGAUGCUUCAAAAUCAAUUGAGGCUUAUGAUGCAACAAUCAAUGAAUGGAAGAUUGAAACCAACAUGGAGACACCAAGACGUUGGGCAUCAGUUGUAGCUUUGUAAACUCUCUUUAUGUAUUUAUUGGUUUAUUAGUGAAAAUGGUAAAUAAUCAGUUUAGCAAACAACGAGCUACUGUUCACAAUGCACAAAUACUUUCUUGUUUAUAGUCUUUACUUUGCAACUAUAGACAUUGUUUUAUUGUAUACUUUCCCAAAUUUAGAACUGAACUUCUCAUUGACUUUAAUUUAGUAUUGGACAGUGAACAUGCACCAGGCAUGUAUUUGCAGCAAU